AUGCAUCUCGUGACAGCUCUGACGGCACUUCUCGCCUCGCCUGGUGUAUGCGCGAGACAGUCUCAGAGCCCACCAGGCAAAAACGCAAUCCUCCUAUCCAACGUUGAUGCUCUAACACUACGAGCAAACCGUAUGACUACCUCCCGCCGCGUCUCUCCCAUCCCACAACUUACCUGCACUGGACCAUCGAAGCAAAUAUGCAACCUCUAUCAGAUCGAGACAAUGCGCUGCAAGAACGAGGGCUAUGAUUACGACGCCGAAGAUGUACAAUGGACAUGCACGGCCCCUCUACCGGCUGAGUUCAAGCUCGGCUCUACAGACGUCGUGUGUGAAGGAUACCGCGACGCGGAUGACAAGUGGGUGCUCAAGGGAAGCUGCGGCGUCGAGUAUCGCAUGCUUCUGACCGAACUGGGAGAAGAGAAGUUCGGCAAACAGACCUCCAGAUCUGGGAUAUCGGGCUGGUUUGAGACCGUUUUCGUCGUCGCAUUCACCGUUGUUGUCUUCGCGAUUAUCUUCGCGGCUUUCACUGGGAUCGGUGGGGCUGGAGGGAACCGAAGACCCCAACAGCGACGACCAAGAUGGGGAAGAUUCUGGGGUGGAGGUGGUGGUGGCGGUGGUGGAUACCCUCCUGGACCUCCUCCCCGUAUAGCAGAUUUGACGAUAGCUACUCAGAUAGCCAGUACCGCAAGUCUCAGCCAGGGCUGGCAGCCAGGCUUCUGGACUGGUGCCCUGGGCGGUGCGGCGGCUGGAUAUGGUAUGGGACGUGCUGGCAACUGGGGCAGAUCGAACAACUACGAUAAUGGCGAAGGCAGCUCACGAUCUUCUCGAUCUUCUCGUUCGCCGGGACUCUCAACUCCAACAUCUAGCUCUGGCUUCGGAUCUACCAGGCGCCGUUAG